AUGGUUGCCAUGGUGAACAAGAGCCUCCUGCCGGUGCGUUUCCACCCGCCGCUGGUCGGGGAGGUGACCUUCCUCAGUCAGGGGCUGAAGUACAACCUGGAGCUGCUGUUCUUCUGGGGGCCCCGGCUCGCUCUUCCAGAACAAAUGGAACCUCCAACCCAAAUACAAACGUCCCGGGGCAGAGGGCUGGAGCUGGCGCAGGAGCUGAGCCGCACCAUCGUCCUCCUGGGAUUGGCCAAUCUGGUCCUGUGCCCCUUCAUCCUGGUGUGGCAGAUCCUCUACGCCUUCUUCAGCUACACCGAGGUCAUCAAGAGGGAACCGGGGAGCCUGGGGGCCCGCCGCUGGUCGCUGUACGGCCGCCUCUACCUGCGCCACUUCAACGAGCUGACCCCACGAGCUGCAGGCGCGGCUGAGCCGCGGCUACAAACCGGCCACCAAGUACAUGAACUCCUUCGCCUCCCCCUGCUGGCCAUCGCGGCCAAGAACCUGGCCUUCUUCGCUGGAUCCAUCCUGGCCGUCCUCAUCGCUCUGACCGUGUAUGACGAGGAUGUCCUGACCGUGCAGCAUAUCCUGACCGCCAUCACUGUCCUCGGGGUCCUGGUCACCAUCGCCAGGUCGUUCAUCCCGGAUGAGCACAUGGUGUGGUGCCCGGAGCAGCUGCUGCAGUGCGUGUUGGCUCACAUCCACUACAUGCCGGACCACUGGCAGGGGCCACGCCCACAAAUCUGA